GCAGUGAUUAUGAUCUUGACACGAGGAAGAUGCGGUCUUUCUGGAUGUAUUACGCAUUAUCUGGUAUCCAUGGCAGUAUCAGAUCUCCUGGUGAUGAUCACGGCAGUGAUAUUCAAUCGGAUUUCUGGUAUUUAUUUCCCAGUCAGCUUUCUGAUGAUCACACCAGUAUGUAGUUUCCGUUCUGUACUAAACUACGCCAUCAUAGACAGUUCUGUGUGGUUAACUGUCGUUUUUACCUUUGAUCGAUUUAUAGCCAUUUGUUUCCAGCAGCUGAAAAUUAAAUAUUGCACUAUGAAGACGGCAGCUCGGGUCAUAGCUAUGGUUUGUACUCUGAGCUGUGUAAAAAAUACAUUCUUGUAUUUUAUAUAUGAACCUCUGUACAUAUUUAACAGCGUUCCCUGGUUCUGCAGCAUAAAAUCUAUAUUUUAUACAUCACCAGCAUGGACUGCAUAUGAUUGGAUUCAUCACAUUUUGACUCCUUGUCUCCCAUUCGCUCUAAUUAUACUGCUAAAUUCUUUGACUAUUAGGAACAUUCUAGUGGCCAACAGAGCUCGCAGGAGACUGUGGAUCCAGAGUAAAGGAGAAAAUCAAAGUGACUCAGAAAUAGAGAACCGGAAGAAAUCGAUUAUUUUACUGUUCUGUGUCUCAGGCAAUUUCAUCCUGUUGUACUUGUUGGUUCUUGUAACGUUCCUCUAUGUCAGAAUUGCGAGAGUCAGUUAUUUCUCUGGUACAGAUUUUACCAAUUCUAAUUUUAUUCUGGAUGAAAGUGGAUUCAUGCUUCAGUUAUUGAGUUCCUGUGUCAACCCUUGCAUUUAUGCAGGCACCCAGAGUAAAUUCAGAGAAGAGUUAAAGCUUGUGAUGAGCUAUCCAUUAAAUCACAUAGUUAAGUUAUUUAAACAAUAA